AUGGCUUUAGCUUCACAGACAAGAAGACCCUCUGAGGAUCAGAAAUGUCUUUUAAGAAGAAAUUCUCAAAAUUCUAUCUGUAGUCCAGUCGUGGAAAGGGUUGAUUUUUGUAGAAAUAAACCUAGGCUGGUUGAACUUGAAAAACAGCUUUAUUCCUUGGCAAAUGGUGGUGAGAAUUCAGAGGAAGUUAUGAGGACUUGUCAGACCUUGUUGGGUGACGCUGAGAACACCAAUGAAACAUUCAAUGUGUUUUGCUCCUGUUGCAAGGUUGACAGAUACAAAGAACCAACUAUAGCACAGCUCUUUUAUGACCUUGUCAAUGUGCAAAAUGGUUCUUCAUUGCUUACUGAGUUGGAAAUGGCUUGUGAGGAAUUAUUGAAAGUACUAACUCAUCUUGGCACUCCAAACACACUUCAGUUUAAUGUUGUUUCCCUCCUGCACAAUCUGAGCAGGUUAACUGAUAUCCCUUCUUCACACUUAGAGGCUGUUCAGAGCUACCUGGAAGAAAUUGCUAGGGCUUUGUGGCCAUACAGCAAACCUCUUGCUCCAAACUUAUGGGUUAGUGAAGCAUUUUGUGAUGCCCAGUGUGACAUCCUUAAAGCCUGUGGGAAGUUUCUUGAAGAGAAGUGUCCUGUAAAUACAGAAAGAACAUUCCAGAUGAUCAGUAACAAGUUAAUUUCUGGAGAGAUUUCAAAGUACUCUAGGUUUCGGCUACUUGAGAUUCAGGAAUUACGGUCAUCUGGUUGGAAGGUGUCAGAGGCAACAAAGAAUUAUUACAAGGGAGCAUAUUUAAAGUUUUUUGACCAACAUCAGAAGGAUUUGUCAUGCAGAGAUACACAUGUCCAAACUGAAGCAAUUUCCUCCAGAAAUGAAUCAAGAAUGGUCGAUGCUAAGGCAGAGGGUGCUGAUCUUAGAAGAAUCAAGCCUGUUGCAGUGCUGAGAAUUAAUGAGUCUGAAUUACGAAAGUCAUUUGGGAACAUACAGCAAGAGCUUUCAUUAGCUCAGGAUGCAAUUCUCAAGGAGAAAGACAAGGAGGCUUAUCUCAAAUUAUAUCCUUUUGGUGAUGGUGAGAAAUUGGCUACAUGUAAACAGCCUGUAUCUUUGAAUAAACUUGCACCCCAUGUUUCUCUCACUAACAAUAUUCUUCAAGAAGCAUCCUCUUCUUCCAACUCAAGUGAUGGUAGUGAUGAUGUUUUUGCUACGAAUGACAAAGUGGGCUUUGAGAAGAAAAUACGUGAAGUUCAUCCUGCCUUACAUUGGGAGGAAUUUAGAGAGCCGAGACAUUCAUUCAAGAGUGAUUCCUCACUAACCUCAGAUUCUGAAUGUUUAGUCACCAGAAUGGCAUCUUUGUCACUGUCAGAUACAGAAGAAAACAUGAUUAAUGAUGAUGUGACCACCAUUGGAAAGGUUUUAUCAAAUUCGAUAAACUCUUCUGAGGUCAAGGAGCUGUCUUCUGGGUUAGUUAUUAAUACUUGUCCACUCAAAUCAAUUGCAGCAAGUCAUGAAGAGCAGCAUUUAAACAUUGUCCCUAGUGAGAAAAAAAUUGGUGAUCCAAAGAAUAAAACCACUGAAAGGGAUGGAGAAAAUUGGGAAGAAAAAACAGUGUUAAGCUCUGAAAAAUCCUUGGAAAAUGCUAAUGACAACAGUCCAGUCACUGAGAAUUGGAGGGAAAGGAAACCAGCUAAAACAGACAAGUCUCAGGAUGAUGGUAAUGGUCAUUACACAGUUGCUGACACCUGGAAAGAGAGAACAUUGGUUAAUUUGAAAGAAGCACAAAACAAUAACACCAUUAAUGCUUAUUGUGAAAAUUGGAGAGAGAGAAAACUAUCUAACAUUGGCAAAUCAGAUGAGGAUAUCCAUGGCCAUCAUGUAGUUACAGAAAACUGGAGGGAAGAGCCAUUGGUAGAUUUAGAAGACCCAGGUAGGAAUUGGAGAGAAAGUAAAAUGCCAAUUCUAAACAAAUCACCAGAAGUUGUGGGAAAUUGGAGGGAAAGUCCACUAGUGGCCUUUAGAGAACCACAGAACAGCUUUAUCAAUAAUUUGUCUGGGAUAAACUACAGGGAACAAAAGCCUGAAAAGUUUAUCGACUUUUGGAGCGGUGGUUCUGAUCAGAAGAACUGGCGAGAUAGAAAAUCCAUGAGUUUGGAUGAGUCCAAACAAGAUCCUACCUCUACAGCUAGUCAGCAAACAAGGAGACAUAGUCUGAGUGAUCUACAACUUGAAAGGCAAAACUCUCAUGAAAAAGGAAAUAAGAGAGGUUUUGGGCUUCCAAAACCAGAUGAACAGGUUGACAUAGCAGGAAGAACUGAGCAUUUCAAGGAAGAGACAGUUGAGGUUCAAAUGACACAAGAAGAGACUGAGGGUCUAAAAGGGUGGCAGCUGAGAGAAAUUCAGGCUGAUACUGGCUGUAAGAUACACGCCAACAGAGAAAAGUGUGUUCUUACAAUAACUGGUCACCCUCAGCAGUGCAAGGUUGCAAAAAAGAAAGUUUACAGUGUCAUUGCUGCCCUCCAAGAGCAGUUUGGUGCACUUGUUCCACUGUCGGAUGUGGUUCUUCAGCACCUCCAGUCAGAUGGAUGCAGCAUCCUGGCUGAUAGAUUGGCAUUUUUUUCUUUGGCAAGUGUUACGAUGAUUAAUGACACUCAACUGUUUAUAUCUGGUCGUCGAAACUGUGUGAAUCAUGCAAAAGCACAGCUGGCCAAGAUCAAGGUUAUGUUGAGGUAUACCGAUGAUCCUGACGUAGCACGCCCCAGCCAAAAGGACAGCAGCGAAGAGAAGCAUCAAUUGGUAGAGGAACUUUUUGCGACACUAGAGCGAGGAGAGAACACAACAGGUCAAAGCUAUCACACGGAGCAAGCUGGUGUCAGUGCGGAACAGGCUCCCACUAAAGAAGGCUUAUCAAGAGAAUUUAUACUCAGUUGUGCCCUUUCACCAGUAGCUAGGCAACGCCCUGUUAAUAUCAGUCUGGACAGGACAGAAGACUGGGUCAGGGAGAUCGUCUUGGGCGAUGGAAGAAGAGGAGAACGGGACAGCCUUCAUAAGCAGAUACAGAGAAAGGGGUUUGGAUCUCCUAUGAACACGAACAACCUCCAAGAUGGAACUGAAACGAGCACAUCUUAAAUAGUAUUUUUACAGAAAACUGAAUCUUUGCAAGAAGACAAUUGAACAUAGUCAUAAGGAACGUUGCGUUUA